AUGACCUCUAGGUAGAAUGCAAAAUUUUUUUGAUCCCAUAGGUCAGUAUUUUUCAACUGGGAGAACAAGGUCUUUGAGUAUAACAACAUGAGGAACGCGUGUUUUUCAUUUUAAUAAUAAAUGAAACUUUUUUCUAAAUUACUCAAAGUUAACUUUUCUUUUUUUUUUCCUUGAAAUUCCUUUCGAAAAGAAAUAAUCAGAAAUGUCAAGCUUUCAAGAUUUUUGUGUUUUUUAUCUUCUAUUUUUCUGCGUAUUGAUCCAUAGAACUUUCGGUUAUUUUUUUAAAGUUUUUUUCUUCUAUUCAGCGUAAUGUUAAAUCGGCCAACCAGCUUGAUUACUUUACCCGUGAACGUUUUACUAAGUCUACCAACGCGGGAGCACGAAUGUUUUUUGAAUGACUAUUCAGACAAGGUUGGAAUAACAUUUUUCAGUUAUCUAUUAAAAAAGUUCUAGAUGACUAGUCAGUCAUGACUUCUCCCUUUUUCAAACAUAAGUUAUUGAUUUCCGAUUCAGGUGAACUUCGAAGCAAGCACAUAUUGUAGGAACUUUCCUCUUUACGUUCGGGGAAAGCUUUUUUACGUCGACAAGGCGAUUUUUUCCGCAAACUCAGAAUUUUUCAAGGCGAUGAUGGAUUCGGAUCGUUUUUUGGAAGGUAUCAAGAUCAUUAUGGAUUUUUGAGCUGUGGUUUUCGCUUUUUAUUUAAUUAAUUUUUUUGAUUACUUUGACCAUAAAUAAUUUAUAUUGUUUUUAGGAGCUCUGGGCCGAAUCGAAAUUAAUGACGAGUCUCCGGAGGACAUUCUAACGCUGAUUCGAGCUAUCUCACCAAAUUACCUUGGUCUCUAUCCGGACGCUGUUGACGGUUUUAUCUUCUUUAUGUUUCCUUGUUUCAAUUAGCAAAACUUUCAGAGUCCAACGUUUGCAGCCUUUUGAGACUAUGUGAUAAGUAUCUGUUUCUCAACUUGAAAGAAAAUUGUCUUGACUAUUUGCAAAACUACGAGUCAGUUUCAAAAAAAAUGAAGUCAAGUGCUUUAUCUUUGAGAGCUUCUGAGCGGUCUACAAAGCUCAUUUUCCGACUAUUUUGCCAAAUUUGCUCGAUGAAAUGGGAUGUCUGCAAUUUUGAAGAGUUGGAAAUCGUUUCGAAGGCUGUCAGUUUUUUUGAAUUUGAAAUAAUGUUCAAUAACCUUGAUCCGAAUUAAUAUUUACCCUGAAAAAUGUCUAGGUUCGCAACUGUUUGGAUGAAUUACUUCGUUAUCGAAGUGUCGAAAGGCUUGCUGAAAUUCGCCAAAAACUUCACGAUGAACGAAAGAUCAAAAUUUGCGAAGCCAUCCUGAAGGGGUGAGAGUAUUUUCGAAUUUCUAUAAAAACACUUUUUUUUUUAGAAAUGUAUUGUUUUCGCACCGACUUUCGUUUAGAGAGGAAGUCCAGGGGCUCACGUGCCAGUGUUGUAGCCGGAUACGAAGCUUCAAAUCAGGUGGCAGUUGAAACACCGUUGUUCUCAUUUUGGAAAGUGGGAUCCCGAAACCUGAAAGCAAUUUGUUAUUUCUUCGAUAGUUCUACCGUCUUUUUUUUUAGGAAAUAAAUCAUAAAAUGAACCUCCGGCUGCCGAAUUGAAUAUCUUGACAAUGAAAUUAGCUCUUGAGCUUUUUUAUAUUUCUUGGAAUUUUUAUAAGCUAUUUAUCAACUUGUGAUCGAAAGCGAAUAUGAAGGCAGCGAUAGAAACGGAAAGGCAAUUUAAAAGAACUUUUUGCUCAAUUUCUUUUAAAAAUAAAAAUUGAUGUGACUACAAUCUUGUGCAACUUCACUUAAAUUUUCAGUGAAGCGACUAAUUUUUUGCAAUUCGUGUCUGAAAGAAGUUUGCAACGAGUGCCGGCGUACGCCCUGUUGGACGUUGAUCGACGAGUGGUUGACUGAAAUUCGGUCUUAAUUUUUUUAUCUUCAUCCUUUUGUAUGUACAAAAACCUCAUAUAUGUAUAUUUUUUGUUAAUAAUGCCCACUUAUUUGUUAUCGUUUUAUGAGGGGUUGCACUAUGUGUUUAACUUGUUAUUGAACACCCUUGUCGCUUUCGUAGAAACUACUAUACGAAGAUUUUGAGGUACAAAGAACACUAAUAUUUGUAGGAAUGUUAAUUAUUGUUACUUUUAUUCUUUUUGUUGAAACUUUGAAUACACUAAUUACCACUUUGCAGAAAUUGUUAUGAACUGAAAUAAAGUAAUGAGCUUCAGUUUUUGCUUUCUCUGUGAGUCUAUGAGUUCGAAAGGCUCAAAUGAUUAUUUAUGUGAGUCAAGCUCAAAUUUUUAUUCUUUUUAAAGGUACCCUAGAGAAAAGUUUUUAUUUUGUUUUUUAAGGCGCUUUCAAAGGCUUGGAAUUAAAAAAGUAUAUUCAAAAUUUCGUUGUAAAAAUUGAAUUUCUACGACAGUUCUCCAAAAAAAAAAAACAAGCUACGCUCUUGAAGUAGUGGAAAAAAGGGAAUAAAAAACCUUUCAAUAGUAAGACGACUAUUUCUGAUGAUAAAGCGACUUCAAAAAAAGAUAAGACGUUUAUGAUUCAAAUUUUUCGACUCCUGGAAUGUUCAUAAUUUUUUUUUUCUGCUCAGAUUUCAAAGAACUGUCACUUUCGUUUUUCGCAUAAGAAUUGCAGCUUUGAAUGUGUGGCUGGGAGCGAGAAAGGACGAAUGUUUGGUAGGGAGCGGGAGUGUUUUCUGUGAGCGACUGGCGCCGCCGUGAGCGAGGCGGCUGGCAGUCAGCUGAGCGGCCGACCGCUCACGGGUCGUCUCCCUUCCUUUUUCACCCUUCCGUUCCACCUUUUUAUUCUCUACCAUCCCACUGAUUACCUAAUUUUUGAGUUUUUCGAAGAAUCAUUUGGGUUUGUUGAGACUUAAUUAUUGGCUCGACUUUGUUCCAAGCCUUGAAAUGAUAAAAGAGAUGCCCAACAUAAAAUUUUUCUGAAGUGAUUAGACAGGAAAUUGUGCCCAAAGGAAUCUUAUUUUAUCAUCGCGUUUUUCAUCGGCAUCCGAAGGAAAAGGAUCAGUUUUUUUCGCGUGUUCAUUGCGUUAGCCGAAUAACCGGAAGCUUUUUGAAGUUUUCAAAGCUUAGAAGCCUUGAGCUACUUCGAACGACGCUCAAACGGCUUUUUGCCUCGAUAACUAUAAAAUUUGUCUAUGCUCCUUUAAAAACCCCCAGCAAGAAAAGGGUGAAUAAGCUGAAACGCGUUGAGUUCUCUCCUGAGAAAACCUCCGAUUCUUCAGUCUUAGAGACUUAUCAAGAGAAUAGGCACUGAAAUUUUCCUAGUCUUCAAAUUUUUGACGUGAACUUUUUGGAGUUGUUAUUCGUUAGAUAGAAAAACAUAUAGUCAUCCGUUAAAACUGUGAUACUUUGAAUUUUUUAUGAAUCGUUUUCGUUUUAAAAAAAAAACUAAAAAACUCAUAAUUUAGAAAUCUGCUCACAUUUUGGUUUUCGAUGACUUCGACACGAAUGACAGUGCUACGGCGGCCGGUGAAUAUUGCGCCGUCAGAUUCGGAGUUCCAGGAAAUUUAUUUACUUUUUUUUGCACUUAGUUUUGAAUCUUCCUGUCAAGGUUACAAAAUAAGUUACGCAACAAAAAGUUAACAAGUUUUCAUUUUAUUACCGAAAAAAAAACCUAUCUAAACUGAAAUAGACCGUCGUGUGUCGAACAGGCCAAAGCAACGUGGCUUUUUCUUAUUUCUAAUUUUGGAAAAAUGAAACUGACAAGUGCUGCUGUAUUGGAAAGGCUGAAUGGAUUCAAGCCAACUAAGAGCUCUCUUAAAGACCUUCUUUCCUGAAUUUAAGAGAAUUUUUUUUUAGUUCAAACCACGCAGUGUCUUUUUUCUCCAUUUAUCUUUUUGGAGAAUGAUUCGUGUCAGCGUCAUUUAUCGUGGGAAAUGAGUUUUUUUUUUUACAAAUUUCACCUGUUUUUGAAAAGAUCUUGUACCUUUUUUCGAAAUAGUUAUUUGAAGUCGAAGUAUUUUGCCCAAAAGUUCCACGGACGGAAAUGACUACAUUAUUAGGUUGUUUUCUUCACUAAGAAUAACUGCCGAGAUAAACGCGAGACACUGGCGGUACAUUGACGAGCUCGCAAAUAUCUCGCUUUUUUUUCUCGCGCCGGUCUCGCAUUUUUCUGGGCGCGAGCUCGCAUUUCUCUCGCAAUUUGAAAAUUUCCGAAGUGCAAGAUAAAUGCGAGAUGGCGCCGAGAAAAAUGCUAGGUCGCGCCGAGAGAAAUGCGAGAUCGCGCCUAGAAAAAAGCGACAUUUUUGCGAGUUCGUCAAUGUACCGCCACCGACCUCGCGUUUAUCUCGUCAGUUAUUCUUAGUGUUUGUGAAAGAGUCAUUUUCGGCGCCCCGUUCUUUCACUCGUUUUCCGUCAACAAAUUUUUCAAGGUGUGGUUCCAUUUAUCCAUUUUUUUGUGAAAUGAAAUUUUUCUGAAUAAUAUAGUGCCUAUAUAAAACUUUUUUCAAGUUUGAGUUGAAAAUGACGUAAAAUUUAAUGAAGCAAAAAUGCUCAAAAAAUUUUCAAGUGUCUCCAUAACUUCAGGAACUCCACCUAUACUUCUUAAAAUAUUUUUGCACAGACUACAAGAAUUUUUUUCUGAAAGUAGAAAAUUUCGUUUUUAUAAACUGAAAUACACCGUUAGAAAAGAUUGUGAAACAAAGGUUGUUUUUGUGUUGGAAACCCAACUUCAGAAGAUUUAUUGAUGGGCUUUUCAAAGAGCCCUCCUCCAUUUUUAUGUUGCGAAUCGUCGCGAGUCCAGAUCGCAACAUUUUUUUUUCGCCGGUUCGUAGCAAAAAUAUAAAACUGCUUAGUUCAUUGAGAAAUGAACUUUUUACUUUAUCUGAAAUCUCACUUGUAAAUAAGAAGAUUUUUGAUGUUUGAUUUUAAAAAAAAAUAUAGGGAUUUGAAAAAAGGAGGACAAAGACUAAAAAGCGCUACUGUAGAUUUGUUCGAAUAUUUAUACUUUUUGAAGAAAAAGGGAUAUUGAAGUGAAAAUGAAGUUUACAGGAACAUUUAGUGCUGUUUUGGUUUUGGACUCAUUUCUCGGCGCAAUACUAGAUUAUAGAAGUUUUAUUCUGUGAUUAAUUUCUGGAGGUGGGCGGAUGAAUAGAGCUUACCGUAGAAACUACCUUUUCGGAUAUUUGUAGUCGCAUAUGACCGCUCUUAUUUAACGAGUUCCUGUCUCUUACAUCCUCAUUAGUUUUUCUCUUCUUUUUUUUCGUUCUCACAUAGCUUGAACUCAACUUUUCUUGUUUUUUAAAGUUUUUCAACGAAAAAAUAUAAAAAGAAAGACAUAUUUGCCUUAGUUAGUACUCUUUUGAUAAUUAAUUUCUUCUAAAUCGUGCUAUUCGCUCGCAAAAAAUUUUUUCAAAAAAAAAAAAAAAAAUUUUUCUACAGGUAAUUACAACUGGGAGCGGACCUCGGCUCGAAAAUCCAGCUUCGGAGCCGGAUCAGCGGCUUCAGUUACAGAGCAUUGUCUACUUUUUACGGGUAUUCCAACCAUCGGCAUCAUCUCUCAUUGCUACUCCAGCUUCUUCUAAUUUUUCUACAUAUUAACUGUAAUUAUUCAGAAUAUAUCGCGAAUAUUCGUUUUCGAAAAGCGAAAAUAUCCCACAUUUUAUCAGUAAUGUUUGAGAGAGUAAGCAUAGCUGAGAUAUAUCAUCACGUUUCCGCAAGUUUAUUCUGAGGGCAGAAUUUUCAGGAGAUUGAGCCAUUUUCUCCUUGCUUCCUAACGGAAACAGAAAAUCAAUCAUUUGCAAAGCUUCAUUCAAAGUUUUAUUGUUUUAGAUAUUUUUUUUUAUUCUUAGGGUGGUGGCAGCGUACCGAACAACCACGUUUCAUGAAAAUCGUACCAAAAGCUGAAAAUGGCAUUCUCAGUUGAAAAAGGAAAUUCUCUGAAUUUUUGCGAGCCCUGUUUUGUUUUGUUCAAAAACGCCUAAUUAAAAUUCGAAAAAAGAUGGUUUCCUUUUUUCAGGAAUUUUCGAAAUUAUCCAGAAAAUUUUUUUGAACAAUAUUUACUCUUUGAGAAGACUAGCUUUUUUCAGAGUGUUUUCCAGUUUAAACUUGAUUGACCUUGCAGGUGAGAUGUCGUCGAACGGUUACGGCGACAGCGGACCGGUCAGGUCGGCCUCCCACGCCGGCUCGUGGUACAGCGGCAACCAACGGGAGCUCGACCGACAGCUCUCCAAGUGGCUCGACCAGGCCGGCGAGUCCGUCGGCGUUGCUCGCGCCGUCAUCUCUCCGUGCGUGUUUGUUUGGUCUAUCAAGGCAUCGUAUUGCUUUUACCUUGAUUUCUUCCUGUCUAUUCAGCAAUUUUUAGCAAACUCAAUUCUCUUUGCAAUCAAUAACUGUGCUUCUCACUUGUUGAUAUAAGAAAGACCGUGUUGAUUGCGAAAUCGAGCCUAUCUGAACAAAUGGUAUUAAAAUCAAUUGUUCAGGCUUCUUUUUUUUUUCAAACUUUUUUUCAUUAAAAUUAUAAAAGACAGGAAAACGUUGAAUUGCUCAUAAAUAGGGUUUGACAUUUACCGGCAAAAUAGGACUUCUUUCACAGUGGGCGAGAAAAUUUUUUUCAAUGCAUUAAGUCUGAAUAUGAAGUCAUUUUAUUUCAAAGAGGAAUAAAAGUUACUAAAGAGCUGACCAGCUGCUCGUAGACAAAGUGGGUUUCUCUGUGAAGGGAAUAAGGUUUUUCCCCAAGUAUUUACUCAUUUUUGGAAAUAAAACCUUUUUCUUCUUUCUGGCUUCAACAAUUUUUUUCUUCAUGUUCAUUUUUUUUUUCAAAUAAAGUUAAAUCAAAGUUCUCCUUUUUUUGGUACACACGAAUUAGUUUGACAGAAUAAAUGUAGAAAAUAUAUGAACUUAGGAUAUCGGAACUGGUGGUAAUGGAGGAUAAAGAGUGCUUAUAUUUUCAAACCAUUUUUACAAGUUUAUAACUGAGAUCAUUUUUUUUCGUAUUCCAAUAGUAUCCAAAAUUUCUGAUUACUGAAAAAAUUUCAUUUGGUUUCAGCCAUGCUGGAUACUCUUACUGCGGCGAGACAGCGGCCUAUGCCUUCAAGCAAAUCGUUCCUGAUACUAUGUACGUUGACUGAUUUCAUUGGUUAAAACUUAAAAUAACCGUUUCAGCAAUCGUAUUUUCGUGCUGGGACCUUCACACGUCGUGUCUCUCAGCGGCUGCGCUCUCACCACCUGCUCAUUGUAUCGGACACCUCUUGCAGACCUGCACAUCGAUCAAACUGGUUAUAGUUUGAUUGUUUCGCUCAUACGAAAAAUCAUGAGGAAGGCUUUAAGAAAGAUAAAACUACUUCUUAAAAAGUUUUGAAAAACCGCUGAGGAUCCUGAACCUUCCAAAACGUGUACUCCAUUUGCGCAUCAAAAAUGCGGAGUAGAAUCUGACGAAUAAUACAUUUAAUUUUUUGCGUUUUCUGAAAGUUUUUUCAAAAACAUUCUAAAACUAAAAACUGUCCCAGAAAACCUUCGAUAUUUUAUUGAUCAAAAUAAUAUGUUUUCCUGAAUGAAAAAUGAAAGUUCAGUGAAUGACGAGUUGAAAGCGACGCGACAAUUUGAUUCGAUGGACCGAAGGGAUGAAGAAACCGAACACAGCAUUGAAAUGCAGCUGCCUUUCAUAGCCAAGGUCAUGGGAAGGUUGAAACUUCUACAGAAAAUCCACCUGACGCAUCCUUUUAAGUCGGAGAUUCACAAUUGUCCCCGUUUUGGUUGGUUCUUUGCCAGGCUCCAAACAACUGUCCUACGGAAAAAUCUUCGCCAACUACCUUGAGGAUCCGCGGAAUCUCUUCGUCAUCUCUUCUGAUUUCUGCCAUUGGGGUUCAAUUUCCGUAUUCCUCCUGACGAAAAAACAUCAUUUCUAGGUGAUCGCUUCAGUUUUUCUCCUUUUGACCGAAACAGUGGCGUUCCCAUUUUCGAGCAGAUUUCAUCACUGGACCAUGCUGUGAGAGUCCAAAAUGGAAAAAUAGCAAUUUGAAGUUGCAGGGAAUGAAGGCGAUCGAGUCCCUGAAUCCGAGCGUCUUCAACGAAUACUUGAAAAAGACGCAGAACACGAUUUGUGGAAGAAAUCCUAUUCUCGUCAUGCUUCAGGUUGAAUUAGGAAAAAAGAAAAAAUUUUCAGAAAAGCAGGAAAAAAAUGUGUUAUUCAAAAACGGAUUUUUUUUCACAAGUUCUUCUGAGAAAAGGUGCAUUGGAUGAUUUGAAUUUGGGAAUUCCAAAAGAUUUUGGAAAAGGUAGAAUGGGUAACCGCCACGGAUAUUUUGGCGUUGUUGGUUUUUCAUGAGGAUAAAAGUGCUAAACCAAAUCAUAAAUAUUUGUCCAAAAGAGUAGACUUUUAGGACAGAAAAGUUAGCGUAACUUAAAGAUUGCGAAAGCGUUGUAAAAAUAAAAAGAUACCUCAUUUUUUAUUAAAAUUUUAUGUUUUACGUAUUCUUUUAGUAAUGACUUGAAAGAGGGUUUUUUUAUUAUUGAGUUCUCAUUGUCCAUUUUUCAAACUGAAAAUUUGAUUAUUAUCUCUGAUAGAUUGAAAAGUUUGUCUCAUCUUAUAUUUAUUUUUUGCAGGCUGCUGAUCAGUAUCGUAAAAUGAACAAUCAUACACACGAGUUCCGAUUCCUCAACUACUCUCAGUCCAACAAGGUUGUUAUUUUUUUAAUCUAAAAAAAUUCAAAAGUUGAUGUUCAGGUCCGUUCGGCAAGCGAUUCUUCGGUUUCCUACGCCGCGGGUGCCCUUUUCUUGCACCCGAAAUGA